AUGCCCGGAACGAUCAAGAAUGUUAGUGUGUUGAUGGUGUGUCUAGGCCGCUCACCUAUGGCCGAAGCGGUCCUGAACCACCAAAUAGCCCAGCGACCGUCCCUGAAGGAGCGCUUCAAUUUCACGGUAGACUCUGCAGGAACGGGCGCGUAUCACGAGGGUGACGAGGCCGAUGAGCGGACAAUAGAGACUUGCAAAAAGCACGCCGUACCCAUCUCAUGUCGCGCCCGCCCUAUAAGAUCGUCCGAUUAUGACAAAUUCGAUUAUAUCCUCGCUAUGGACAACUCCAACCUCCAGACCCUCUUGUACAAAAAGCCUGCCACCUCCAAAGCCCAUAUCUCUCUAUUCGGAGCGUACGAUCCCGCGCUCCACCUCCCCGCUCCCGCGCAGUCAAAUGGGCACGGGCACCACUCGCACGCUCACCAUCACACCCGCGCCCGGCCCAAAGCCCAGCCUAUCGUCGAUCCCUACUAUGAUGGCGUAUCGGGCUUUGAGCAGGCGUACUGGCAGUGCGCAAAGUACGCUUCGGGGUUCUUGGACUAUCUGGAGGGUGGGGAGCAGGCGCAUUCGGUCGGAGGGGAGCAGACGGAGGAGGCGAGUAAGAAGGUGUUGGAGGCGAUGGGGGCGUGA